CGCUGUCGUUUCUAAAGAAGCAUCGCUGAGUUCGUCUCCACAAAUGGUAUUUCCAGGCGUGGUUUGUAUAUUGUGUAGAUAUGGAGGGCAUCAAGAAGAGACAAGGCUACGGAUGGGCAGUAUCAGCUGGAUUCAAUGCUGCUCUCGCUGCUAUUGCUGCGAAAUUCAUUCAAAAUCAGUUGGUUAGAUACAGUGUGGUUGUGUUAUUUAACGUGACAAUGUGGGGAUGUUAUGUGAAUAGUCUUAGAGCUCUUUCAUCUCUGCAAGCUACAGUAACAAACUUUGCCACGAAUUUCAUCUCUUCUGGUCUUGCUGGAUAUAUUAUGUUCAACGAAACAUUAUCAGCUCAGUGGUUUGCAGGUGCUUUGCUCAUUGUAGUUGGUGUAGUUAUACUUAGCAAGUCGAGCAUAGAACAAAAGACAAGCAUGGAUUAGAAACUGUGAUGGAGGAGGAGCUUAGAUCGCAUGUUCUGAACUACUUUUCCGGUGACCAUUGAUUUUGAAAAGGAGGAAGGGACUUAUCUUCAAUCAUGUAAAAUGUGGUGCAUUAUUGGGAAAUUUCAUGUCUAGACUAUAGUUCAUGGACCAGAAGGCAUAUACUGGUGGGCCUCAUCGCUAAUAAUGAAUGGUGGGUCUUACGUGUAUGUGUUUUGUGGUCCAUUGAACUAUAGUUUAAACAAGAAAAUCCUUAAAUGCAGUAUUGCCCGUCUUAAUGGAUUGUAAAGGCCAUGAUAAUGGGAAAACAUUAGCUGGUAGAUAAAAUGGCAUAAUUCCAUUUGUGAAAACCCUGCCAGAAGGCCUUUUGCAACUGUAGAAGAUGAAUAUGGAGGAAACAAUAACAACCUUUGAAAUCAUUUUGUAGAAAUGAAACUGUAAAAUAAGAAGAGGUUAAAAUGCAAAGAUGGUUCUUACUCU